AUGACAAUCCUAGGUUUAAGAAAGAAGGGGAAAGUGGUUGAAACACAGGAAGACACACCUUCUACGUCUUCCUCUACGGCAGCUUCAGGAAUUGUAUUACGAAGCCCAUCCGAGGAAUCUCAAGUGGAAGCUGGAGAAGAGCUCAAAUGCGCCCAUGCCCCACCACAUGCACUCCAGUUCCGCCAAUGGUUUGAAGCUAUAGCCCGGGACAGCUAUCUCCGUGGUUCGCCCCAAACGGAGCACUUGAUCACUCUCAGCCGCCUGAACGUCCAUCGAGCCAUCGACCAAAAUAUAUGUGCGAUAGGGAUGACCAAUGACUGGACCAAAAGCGAUGAUUCUAUCUCCAUCUUUAAUCUAGUGCAACCUGGUUUCCUGGAGGAUAAUAUCCCACCGAGCUUACGCCCAACACUGAUUCAGCGGAGUGUGCCGCACCACCCCUGGCUGGACUUCUUUCCAUUCCCGCAAAUGCGAGAUAACCUUAUUGCUGCUGGCGAUAUGUUAGAUGAUGACGACCUUUGCCAUGAUUUGAUGGCUUUCUGGGACACUAGGAAUACUGGCGCCACACUACUCGUGUGGGGAGAACCGUCGGACCCGAGGAACUGGGAAGUGACUGAGGAAUUUGCGAGGAAAUGGGGCUGGCUGCUUCGGGGGUGUUCUGAGCUGUUGAUUUCUAGCAAUCUUUGGAGAUUGAAGAGAGGGGAGAGGCCUCUUCUUUGGAGGCAUGUCCUUCAGCCACAAUCGAGCGCAAGCCAAGGCUACAUGUGA